AUGUCUCGCAACGUUCGCAACAAGUCUUCCGUGGCUUCUCGCAAGGUUGCGAAGCGCCGCGACUCCAUAACAUCCUCCUCAUCCUUCGAUUUGUCCGAUGACGGGGGUUACUCUGCGGUCGAGGAUAUAAGCGAUUCUUCCGACGAUGACGAGGAGGAUGUCGAUGCGGCCGAGGAGGAGCAUAUCCUACACGAGGUGCUGCCACCCCCCAGCAUCCCGAGCCCCCCUCGGCCGCCCAUUGUCCAGGAAGAGGACGAUGACGAUGAUGACGAAGACGAGCAGGAGCAAGACGAAGACGAAGAAGACGGUGCUGCCGACGUUGAGGACAGCGCCAGCUGGGACGGCAUCAUGUCAGAGAUUGACGAAAGUGCGGCUUCUGACCACCAUCACCGGUCUGUCGAACGCCAUGUUCGCUUUGAUGUCCCCUCGAGUGAUUCCGACUCUACCGACACCGAGGACGACCAUGCCGACUUCUUUCCUGAUAUCUUCGUCGACCAGAGCUCCCUUGACCCGGCCUUCCGCCGGGAGAUUGAGAAUGAUGAUGAAAAUGAUGAGUCUGAAAACUCAAACUCCUUCUGGGACUAUCAUGGCGACUACCAUGGAGCCUAUGGAAACACUCAUGAUGCUGAAUCGGAUGUCGAGGCUGUUGUUCAAGAGCUCGGCGACGACGACACACCCAUCGCUACCCCUAUGACAACCGGCGAAGUCUCUGAGAUGCCCACUCCGGUCGCAGCUUUUGAGGAAACCCAAGAGCUAGACGGCUAUGAGACUGACGGUGACACCACUGAGGAAGACGAGCCCGAACCCGUUGUCCGCCGCAAGAUCAAGCGGCCUGAGCCGCCUACUGAGCAGUGGGAUGAUUCUGACACUGAUAUCCCGGUCAAGGGCCAGCGCGGACAGCCGCGUGUUGGCCGCUUUAACCUCGACAACUCUGAGCGAAAGCCCAUUGCUGUUGUUAACCCCAUCUCCCGCAAGAUGAUGAUCUUCACUCCCCAUCGUCGUCGCCAACUUGAUUUGUCUCCUGAGCAGUUCAACUUCCAGUACUUGCCUCCCAUUGAUGAGAACCAAAACUCCCCCAUGCUCAGCAGUUCUGCUCAGAUCAUGAUGAGCGCCAUGUUCUCGUCCAACACGUUUGGUGACUACCUCAAUACCCAAGCCAUGGGUCCCGCCGAGGCCUUCUUUCCCUUCCCUUCCGAACCCAACACUGCCGACGAGAGUUCGGAUGUGGGCUUUGACGAGGAGGAGGAAGACGACGAGGUGGAGAAAAGCCUCAACAUCAGCGACUUUAUCGAGUUCGACGACAACCAUUCCUCUGGCGACGAAGAGGAGAAUCAAUGGGACGCCGACCCCUUGGGCUCUACCCCUGCCCGGCCACGUACCGCCUCGAGCGAUGUGGACCUGCAUUCGCACAUCAACGCCAACAACGUUGGGGCUUUCCGUCGCGACCAGAUCAACCAGCGACUCAUCCUGAGCGACAAAGCCACACAGGACUCCCUCGCCCUCAGCAGCCCCUAUAACUACACUGCUCUGCGCGGCCUCAAGUCGGAUCGCUUUGAGACGGCGGCCGUCCCCUUGACGCCACUCCGGCGAUCCAAAAAGCAGAUGCGCGACCUCGCCCGGAGCCCACUCGAGUCCAUGUCCCAGAAACGCAAAGCAUCUAGCGAGAUACCCAUUGGCCACAAGCGCCAACGCAGCAUCCCGGACGUCAACAUGCUGCACCUGUAA